AUGAACGAGGUGCUAGAUGCAUCAUGUGCACGUGCCUCAAGCAGGAAGGAGUCGGACUCUGAGUCCGACUCAACAUCGCAGUCUGGCACAAGCAUAGCGCUGCGCCAGAAAAAGGCCCGAGGGACAUUCAAACGCCCCAGGCUGGAGGACGGGCGAGGGCCCUCCUCCAAUGAACAGGAGGCUCCGGCCCCCAAAAUCCCCACGGCGGCGCGGGGUAGGGGCAAGGGGAAGGGCUCCACGAGGGCGGCUGGGAGCCGCUCUGAGCCGGCAGAGCGGCUGGCAGCGGAGGGGAGCGCCCUGGGAAAGGCUGCCCCCUCGGACUCCUCGGAGAUGGAGGUGUCCGGAGGUGAGGAUUCUGUAGGCGGCGCUGAGAGCCUCCGCCUCCAGUCUCAAAUCAUGGGCUUUUUGGAGCUAAUCAUCUUACUGGCCGGUGCACCAUUCCUGGCAGCUUCACAGUCAGAAAACCAGACAGACCUGGUUAUGUGUGAUGGAGUGAUAUUUCACGACGUUUAUUAUGACAAGGAACUCCUGUUCACUGAGCUCGGAAGACCAUACAACUUGGUGAUGCACAAGUUUUCAGGCAUGCUCUUCUUCAGCCAUACCAUCCAAAAUGGUACGCAAGUAGACUUCGGUAUCAGAGCCUGCCAUCUUGAGAAGAAAAGUUGCAGAGAAGUACAAGGCGUCCCCGGGGGAUAUGCUGUAGCCUAUGACGCGGGCAAUGACGAUAUCUAUUUCGGUGGUCACGACGGCAUAUACAAAUACAACUUCCUCACAAAAUCAGCCGAAUUUUUCGCCGAAGAGGGAAAGUCUAUCUGGGGAUUGUUUGUCCGGCGAAACUUUUACUAUAUAGAGUACCCUACGCAAAAACUUUUCGUCUACCAGGACGACAGUUUCGUUCAAGUAGCCGAAGCUAUUAAUAUAGAGGUUGACCAUUUCUUCGUGUCCAAGCACAUCGAUGUUUACUUCUCAAACAAAACAGCGUUGUAUAAAGUCGAGAGGCCGAACAACGAAGCAAUAGUUUUAAACGAUGAGAUCGUUAUCCGUCAGAUAGUCGAGGAUAGUUAUGGAGACGUAUAUUUCUGCGCAGGUGACGGAAUAUAUCUUGAAGAUAAACCGUAUCAUAAAGUUAAGAAAGUCGCAGAGAUCGAUCAGGCUUUUGGCAUGACUUUUGAUGAUAAGGACCAUUGUGAGCCUCAUUGUUCGGAUGUGUUCGAAAAAGAAACAUGUGCUUGUCUAGUAUUAGUUCUGCUUCUAAUUUCAUUUGGAAUCGUUAUGGAUACAACAGUUUCUAAGAUCGUGUACAGCUCCAUGCUCCUCAGCCUUUACUUACUUAUGUCAGCAGCGGUUCGGACAAGAGCAUUACCAGAGAUCGCAUGCAACCGACUCAAAAUAGGAGACAAUUGGUAUGACAGGGACACACUAUGGGCCAAUAUUGGAAGACCAUACAACCUGAAUGUCCACAGAAGUUCCAACUCCUUAUUCUUCAGCUACUCUCUCCCAGAAACUUACGCAGAUGUCGAUUUCCAACUCGCUUACUUUAACAUCGACACCAGAGAGUAUCAAACUAUCGCAGGUAUCAGAGGAGGCUGCUCCGUCGCCAUCGACCAAAUGAACGACGAAAUUUACCUCGGAGGAAGCGAUGGCAUCUACAAAUACAACAUGCUCACCAAACUAGCAGAUUUCUACAAAGAAAAAGGCAAAAAUAUCUGGUCCUUAUUCUACAAAAAGAAUCUUUUCUACAUCAGCUAUCCAGAUCAAAAGCUUCACAUAGAAUACGAUGGAAAAUUUGCGACAGUGAAAGAAUUUGAAAAUUUCGAAAUCGAUUACUUUCAUGACUGA